UGGAUAAAGCAUGAGCUGAAUGAACCUCCCCCUAAACUUGGUCCUACAAAAAAAACAAAAAACCCCCAUCCUCAGUGAGUCACAGCUGACUGCAAGCGAUUUCGCAAAUCCAGUAAGAGUCCCCACCCGAGAGGACGUUCCCCGAGGACAGAAACACUGCGCAACAGUCUCAUUUUUACGCGUCCGAAAUCCAGGCGUCGUCCAGAAACGUUGAGUAAGUGAAACUGAUCUCAAAGAAAGGCGUCAACAGAUCCAGACUUGACUCGAGGGGGGAAAAAAAGUAGACAUUUCUGCUCGUCUGGAGUUUUGGAGGGAACAACAUGUCUAAACCUAAUUAUUCCGGCACGUUUCAUAUGGUGGAGCAGGAGAAUAUGGACUCCUACCUCGCAGCUUUAGAUAUAAAUUUUGCUCUGAGGAAGAUUGUGUGUUUGCUGAGGCCCACCAAAGAGAUCACCCAUGACCCGGCCACAGGGUUAAUGAAGAUCCGCACUCUCACCACUUUCAAGAACUUCAACAUGGAUUUCACUAUCGGAAAAGAAUUCACCGAAGAUUUGGGACCAGUGGACGGUCGUACUUGUCAGACUACAGUGAACUGGGAUGGAGACAACCUGCUUUGUGUACAGCAAGGCGAGAAGGAAGGACGAGGCUGGACACACUGGCUGGAGGGGGACAAGCUGAAUUUGGAGAUGAGAGUUCAAGGCAUCGUUGCCAAGCAAGUCUUCAAGAAGGCUGUUUGAAGUAACUGCAAAUGUGAAUUUAUUCUAGUGAAAGACUCUGUACAAUGUUUAUAGUUUAAAAAAAAUUCUAAUCAACAUUAUUUGGAAAUAUCACAAUAAGACUGAACAUCUUUGAAGAUACUGAAAUGUAAAUGUACAUUUUAAUUGUCUGAUGGUACUAACUGGAAAAAAGAGCAGCUGACGAAAAUGACUUCUGUAAACAUUCCAGACAUACUUCCUGAUAUUGCACUAUCUAUCUUCACAAUGUUAUAAACAAAUCAUACAUCUG